GGGGUUUUUGUCACAGGACCACGAGAAACACGUUGAAAUGUUUAUGGUGGAGCGCAGAUAGCUGUCGACCCGAUAACGUGUUUAUGAAUUAACAACUGCUCAACUAAUUACUGAAUGUAUGCAUAUAAUAUAACAAGUAAGAAACGAGAAAUGGUACUGCAUGUAGCAGCUGAUAAUGGAAACGUUUGCAAGUUCGUAUACUAAGCUAGCUCAUAUUCCAGGAAGCCACCGGUAACGUUAAUUGCAGAAAAAGUUUCAGGCGCCAUUAAGAGUCGUUCGCACUCAUCAAGCUAAAUUGGGACAAACAUGGUGUCUUCAUUAGUCGUACCCGUUAUUGAUGUACAGAAUGAUAACUUCAAAGAGCUCUGGGCUGCUAUGGUAUUGGCCAUUAAAACGGCUUCCUUCGUUGCACUGGACACGGAGCUGAGUGGUCUCGGAAACAGGAAGUCCUUGCUGGCAGAAUCUAUAGAGGACCGAUACAAAGCCAUAUGCCAUGCGGCUCGCUCUCGCUCUAUCCUCUCCCUGGGAAUCGCCUGCUACAAGAAACUGGACGACAAGGCUGCAGACACGUACCUGGUCCAGGUGUAUAACCUCACCCUGCUGUGUUCAGAGGAGUACAUCAUAGAGCCCCAGUCAGUCAAGUUCCUGGUCCAGCAUGGGUUUGACUUUAACAAGCAGUACGCCAGUGGAAUCCCUUACCUCAAGGGCAACAAUAAGGGAGCGUUAGACGCGGGGGUCAACAUCCGGGCCUUAUUCACUGAACUGCUGCGAGCCAGGAAGCCCGUGGUGUUCCACAACGGCCUCAUCGACAUAGCCUUCCUCUACCAGAGUUUUUAUGCACAUCUGCCGGAUCGCUUGACCACCUUCACAGCCGACCUGUCUGAGAUGUUUCCUGCUGGAAUCUACGACACUAAAUACGUCACUGAAUUUGAGCUCCGGCUCACCGCCUCCUAUCUGGAGUAUGCCUAUAAGAAGUGUAAGCUGGACAACAGUCGCACCAUGACCUCUGGAGGGACCGGGCCUAACGUCCAUGUAGAGUUCUGUCAGUAUGCUGGUCACAUGUCCACCUACGUGGACUACAGGGUGUGUUCAGCUGUGGCUUCUGCUGAGGGACAGACUAAAAUCUGCGAGCGCUUCUCUGCGUUUGGCUGGUGUCCAAACGGCACCCAGUGUCCGUUGUCCCACGACACUGACCUGAUCAUCCUCGCAGACGAGAAAGGCACGGGGGACAAGAGGCAAAGGAGGAAGAAAUACAGAGACAGGAAGAGAGGUAGAGGCGAGGCAGGGGGCGGCCCCUCCGGCUGUGACGGAGCCCCUGAGCACAAAGUGCCCCACAUGGAGGUGGAUCCCAGAGAAACGCCAGCUGACACAUGCCCAGAAGGGGAGCCUUUAAUGGGCGGUGACGGAAACACCCCGCAGAAUGAGGGAGUGGACAUGAAAACGGACGGCGAGGAGAACGGAGUGUCCGAAGACAACCCAGACUGCAGAGACCCUGCAACAGCAGCCAAGGCCGACGAGGACACAAACACAAAAACCAACACAAACGAGAGCAGAACGGAAGACGAAGCGAGAGAACCGUUUAGCAACCACCCAUCUAAGACCGACGCUCAGAAGACCAAGGCCGACCCGGGAACGCACCGGGCCGGGUUCGAUGCCUUCAUGACCGGAUACAUUUUUGCCCACUCAUGCACCCUCAUCAAGAAGGAAGGAAUGGGAGCUGAGGAGGAGGAGGAGGAGGAGCAGUCGCUGCUUCCUAUGUGUUUCAAUAAGGUCUACCUCAGCGGCAAGGAAGCUCCUCUCAACGUGGUUAAAAGCACCUUUGCAAAGUCCUCCAAGGCCCACGUGCAGAAGAUGGAGAUGGUGUGGGGGGUUGGAGUGUAG